AUCACAUUUCAGAAACCCUAAUUCAGUUGUGCUUUGUGAGUAGAGGGAGAGAGAGAGAGAAGCUCGAGCAAGCAAAGCAGCGGCACAACCAUGGCUACCGCAAGGACUGUUCAAGAUGUUUCUUCACACGAGUUUGUCAAAGCUUACUCUGCUCAUCUCAAAAGAUCUGGCAAGAUGGAGCUUCCAGAAUGGACCGAUAUUGUGAAGACUGCAAGGUUUAAGGAGUUGGCACCUUAUGAUCCUGACUGGUACUAUGUCAGAGCUGCUUCCAUUGCAAGGAAGAUCUACUUGAGGGGUGGACUCGGUGUUGGUGCAUUCCAGAGGAUUUAUGGUGGAAGUCAGAGGAAUGGCAGUCGCCCACCUCAUUUCUGCAAGAGCAGUGGUUCCAUUGCUCGCCACAUUCUUCAACAGUUGCAGAACAUGAACCUUAUUGAGAUGGACACCAAGGGUGGCAGGAAGAUCACUUCCAGUGGAAGGAGGGAUUUGGACCAAGUUGCUGGACGUAUUGUUAUUGCUCCUUGAUCUGUAAACUGCUUCUAGGUUGAGUUUUGUGUUUUGAGAUAUGUGAUGAUAACAAAGAUAAUGUGCAAUUUUGAUUUUAGUCAUUGAGUGGCUUAUGUAUUAGACUUGUUCAAUGCUAUGUUGCUUUUUAGUCUUUUAGUUUGUCUUAUCACAUUUUAUUCACUGGAUUUUUUUGGAAUUUCACUCUUAAAAUUCUUGUCUGUUAA